AUGAAGGAUAUUGGUAAUAAAAAUGUGAAGGAAGAUAAAUCUUCAAGGUGGCAUGAUUCUUCUUCCUCUAGUAUUGGAAGUUGUUAUGGCAGUAAUUGUGGAAGUACCACUGAUUAUCCAUCUACCAACCCCUAUCAUCAUCACCAACAAAAAGAAAAAGUUCCUAAAUUCAUUUUAAUACUCGUUGAUGGACUAGAUGAAGCCAAUUUCCACCAAACUGAUGGGAAUGAGUCUAUUGCUAGUUUAUUAGGACGUUCUAUAGAUGAAUGGCCAGAAAAUUUGAGAUUUGUGUGUACAACAUCAACUAAUGAAAAUUCAAAGAAAAAUGAUUUUUUGAAUAUUUUUGGAGUUGAUUUGAAGGGAAAAGAGCUGGAAAAUAAUUUUAGGGUUAUACAAAUAGAACAUAAUUCUGUUGAGGAUGCAAAGAUUUUUGUGGAGACGAUUAUGAAUUUAAACCCUACGCUAGAGAAGAGACUAACUUCCCAAUUUCGUCGUCACAGCUUUUUCGCUACAGUUGAAGAUUUUCCUCAAUCACAACAAAUUAAAGACAACGAUGCCAAUUCAAACAAAAUUUUAUUUUCCAAAUUUGUGAUUAACUUGGUUAAUCGUGUCCAUGCCAACUUUUUAAGUAUCCAUCUGACAGUUGAUUUAUUAGCAGAAGGGCGACUUUCGUUUGCUAGCCUUUCAGAAGAGGCUAAUCUGUCACAGAUUUAUGAAUUGUACUUUCGGCAUAAAUUUUCAUCUCCAGCGAAUUUUCGCUUAAAUCUUUCACCCAUACUUAGCGUAUUAAUUGCUUCACUUAAUCCACUAUCAGUUGAACAACUUUCCAAUAUUCUUAAUAUAUCCUCUGAUUCAAUUAAUUUGGAAAAUAUAGAAUCCUUAACUGAAAGGAUAACCUCCCUCUGGCCUUUAAUUGGAAUAAACCCUUUUAGUAAACAAAUCGUUCCAAUGCAUUCUUCACUGCGUGAAUGGCUCUUGGGUGAUGGAAAUAAUACUGAAUAUUCUAUUGAUAUAAGGAAUGGACAUAUUCGCAUCGCACUUUGGAUAGUUACUACUACUCGAAGAGAUACUCAAAAAGCUUCGUCUGAACAACUAUUCGAAUUAGCCCAUCAUUUACUAAAAGCAAAUCCACAUAAAUACGCUCAACCAGAAUUGGUUAAUUCAAAAAUAGGGAUAAAAAUGCCUUGGGGGAGAGACGCUCAAAUUAAGUGGUUACAGCUGGCAACAGAGGAGGAACGAAAUGAGGAAAUUAAUAAAAAUGAGGAAAUUAAGGAGAAUAAUGAAGGAGAAGAUAAAAGUUCAAAACUAAUGCAAAAUGCCCUUCUUUACCGCCCAAAUAUUUUUUAUACAAAUUCCAAGAUUUCAAAACUUUUAUUGUUAGCGGGUGCAAAUCCAAAUGCUCAUCAAUGGUCUAAUGGAGAGAGUGAACCUCUUUUAAGUGCAUUUACAUGUGCAGGGAAUGUUGAAAUGAUUAAGCUUCUUCUAAAAUUCGGUGCUAAUCCCAAUUUUGGAAAUCCAACACCUUUAUUAAUAGCCUUACAACACCAUAACUUGGAAAUAAUAAAAAUAUUAUGUAAUUUUGGUGCUGAUCCUUUUAAUAAAUUAAAUUCUGAUGGAGACAGUCUUCUACUUUAUUGUGUUAAAAAUAAUUAUUCUUGUGAUAUUAUUUCUGUUUUGUUAAAUUCUACUGGGAAAUCUUCCUCAUCUUCUACCUUUUCUUUUGAUAAUACUGAAGAAAUUAAAUUGUUUAAAUCUACCCAAAAUGAUGGAAGUGCGAAUAAAAGUAUUGCAAUCGACGAGGCAUUCCAAGCUGCAACGGAAAGAGGAUUAACAAGCAUAUGUAACCUGUUUUUGGAGUACGAUAAAAAUCAUGAGAAUUCUAUUUUAGACAUUUCUGGAGCAUUAUCCACAGCUUGUAUAAAUUCUCAUUCCGAAUUAAUCCAAUUAUUUCUCUCCCGGGGCAUUCAACCACCUCAGAAUGGUCAUACAUCAUGGAAGGGGCGUUUAGCCUUAAAUUGUGCUGUCGAAUGUGGAUGCUUAGAUUUGGUUGUAAAAAUAUUAAAUAAUGAGGAAAAUUCAAUAUUAAACGAACAAGAAGGCCCUGAAGGUUUUACCCCUCUUAUAACUGCAGCGAGGCAAGGGAGAGUUGGUUUGAUGGAUUUACUGGUUAAUAGAGGAGCCAACUUGGACAAGACAGACAAUCAAAACCGCUCAGCUAUUUUCCAUGCUUUGGAAGAUGGACAUUUUUCUACAGCAGGGCUUUUAUUGGAAAAAGGCUGUAAGCCUUGUAUUACUGACUUUAAUGAGAAUACAUUAUUGCAUAUAUUGGCAAAGAAGCCAAAUCGUGGUUUGAUUGGACAAUUGUUGGAAAUGGGUAUUUCUUUGGAGGGACGGAACGGAAAAGGAUUAAGACCUAUUGAGGUAAUCUAAAAUUAAAAUUCCCUUACAAAACCGUCUGUCUAAUUCUGUUGACAAUUUUCUCAUUACGAGGAACCUGGAUCCCGGCUCGUCCUUAGGUAUACUCUUUGUUG